AUGUACAGUAACUGAAAUAAGGACAUACAUUACAAGUUUCAUUCUUGUAUACGGCCAUGCAGCUGUAUAGUUUCGUUAUAAACAACUGUAACAGAAUUUUUUUCAGAUAAAUGUCAUGCGGUAUAUAUCUUGAGCAAUGUUUAAAAUACUAUUCUAUAAGAGUGCGAUAGUUUUCAUCGGUCACUGCGCAGACUGAAACCUAAGAAGGUACCUUCCGAAAAAAAUUAAACUUCAACCUGGAGUGAUUCGAUGAAGAAGUAGCUGUGUCAAAGAAAAUUUUAACAGGAUGUCACAGUUUUCUUUUCAGGCUUUUUUUCUCAUUUCUUUGACUCAUUUUACGUAGAACGCCAUUCAACCUUACCACUACUUUCUAACUUUACAAAUGUUCCUUCAAAUCGACCACCAGCAGGUCCGAGUGAAAGUGUGGGGAAAACAACAAAUUUCCUUAGCCCAAAAGAACAAUAGCAGGUGUUUUUCAAAGGCCAAUGAAAAUAAUAGUUUUUUAUAAGUUCGUUGUCACAGCAAAUUGAUCAAUCGGCCAACGUGGACCGCUUCAGAAAUAAAAACGAUAAUGAUAAUUAUACUCCGCGUAGACGCGAGAGAUUUAAUAAUGUAGCAUUGUAUAAAAUUUGAAAGAAAAUAGAACUUGCUUCCUAACAAAUGCAAUAAAAUACUUUAUACAACUUAAUUUUGAAAAAAAAUACUUGAUUUACCAGAAAACCCCCAAAAACAAUUUCAGCAAAAAUCACUUGGAUUCUUCAAAUCAGGUACUAGCUUCUAGAAUGAGGUCAUAAUGACUGUAGCUAAAAGUACUGAAAGUAUUGUUAGCAUUGUCAGCUUUGUCUUGAACUUAGCAGGCCAGACCAACCGUCGUGUAUGGUUAAAAAAACUCCCGUUAUGUUAGCAUGUAGCCAUGUAUUGUCACUCUGAAGCAAAUGCCUAACUAGAUGUGCAAAUUAUACCCCUUAAUGCUGGCAACGGACACAUUGGCUCGAACAGCUUUUCCAUACUGUUCUACUACUGAUAGAAAAAUUUAGGUAAUGCUUCUAUAGUGACUCCGUUACUAAGGCAACAGGUUAGCUCUUUUGUUGGCGAUCUUUUGUUGGUAUUUUUCAUCAGGACUAGCUACGAUCACUCAAAAGCUUCAUCAUUUGAAUGUACAUCCAAACGCGUUAACGAUAGAUAUUUUUUCGUUCACAAAAGGAUCCAGCAUGCGCACUAAACUGAUUAUGAUUUGAACACAAAACCAGAUGGCGGUCGCAAAGGAGGAAAUGCUUUGGUGGGAUAAAACAGAUUAACUUGAAAAUUUCAUCCUACAUUAAGAUUAUAGUGUUGGCUGCGACAUAUCAAAGAAAUCCAGGUUUCACUUAAGUUGCUAUUGUAAGCUACCAAUUUACGCAACUCCUUCGCCGACCCUAUGAACCCCAACGUUCACCUCUUAACACAUUGGAAAUCAAGAGGACUGCCCGUUAUAGGUGGGUCAGUAAACGGUUAAUAUUUUGGCUUUUCUACCGUUAACGGUUGUUCCAUUGGCUUAGGCUCAGGCCUCUAAGGACCUCUCCAGGAGGUCCAUCACUCACAAGACUAGCCUGUUCCAGGCGUUUAGAUAGUGGGGAGCAAGUUAAAUCGUACGCGGUGAGCGCAAAAAGAAACUCGAAGGAAAAAAGAGAGGGGAGAAUGAGGCCACGCCCAACUAAUUUUUCGCCCGCCCCCCACCAUCUGAACGCCUGGAACAAGCUAGCACGAGACAAGACAAGACACUUAAAGUCGGUCCUAACAAGCGAUAUUGACACUCUAUACAUAACAAAUUGUGGCUAGAAAAAAUUCAACUGUUACAUAACAUUUCUUUACGUCUAAUGAUCAAACAAUUCUAUUUUUUACGCCUAACGUCUAACACAUUUGGCUGUUUUCCGGCCGACGAUUAACCCAUUAAGACCCUUUAAUGAUGAGAACUCAAUCAAGACGAUCCAAACAGUCUAUCAUCUUAUAGAUGAACUUGUAUUUGUACUUGAACUUGCUUGGUAUGACGUACUCAGCUUCAAUCGUUUGCUUGUCAUCAACCUCUGACUUUGUCAAAUUUCCAGUGCACCCCAGUAUCACAUACUCUAAGGUUCAUAUCGUCGAGCAUGAGUUCUGGGGAAGCAUAGCCUGCGUGCGCAGACGCCCUUUUUGGGUGGAGAGAAACGACAAUCAGAAAUACGGCUGCGUUAGCAAGCUAGGUGAAGCAUGAAGAUCUGCAAUUGGCCGUCUUGAAACUUUUCCCAAAAGGAACGCGCUGGCUUCCUGUUCAUGAGAGACAAACAAAAUACUAAACGAUGCAAAUAUUCUUUGUGUAAUUACGCGAAAAACAAACAUGCCAAUGUAUUGUUAUUAGAAGUCGAAAGAAAACAUCUUUGUUUUGAGAAAAGAAAUCGACUGUUUUAGUAUUGAGGGUUGUACAUUCUGGUUGAACGUAACUGGCCAGCGCACAAGGUCUUCCUCGUUAAACGUAUCUCAUACCUGUUUUCUCAUUUGGCCGCGAAAGCCUGCUAAUACGCUCUCUGGGGGCGGGGAAUGGGGGAAAACCGAAUCCCCGGCUUUAUUUCUCCCCUGCCCUAGAGCUCCCCAGAGAGAGCUUGCUUACAGGCUACCCUUUAAAUAAGCAUAUUAAAUUAACUUACACUGUACAACUAUAUCGAUGUUCGUCAAACCUUGCCAGCGAAAAGCUGUCCUAACUUCAAUGGUCAUUCACUGAGACACUUAAAUGAACGUGACGUAAGAAUUACAAAAAAAAUCCCUGCGAAGGUUUUCUAGGAGCCACCAUAAUAUUUUAGAUUUGAAAAUAAGAACUAUUUGUAGGGUUUGUAAAGAAAAGGCGUCUAUAACACUUUUGUGCUAGGAUUAUACUAAUUAUGAAUAUUUCAGGGUGGGAAUUCACAUUAAGGUUGACAUUUUCACUUUGUGAACAAGGUGACCCUUAGCUGGUGACAAGGUCAGAAAGAAUUGAUUGUGUACGGCUCAGUAAGUCCUACGGAAAAUGAAGAGCAAAUUUAGAGAUCCCAGCAAAACAAGAUUCCUUUAUUCAAGUGAAAUUAAACGCCUUGGGAUGUAAAAGAAUGUUGUCUGAAGAUGAAGAACUAUUUGAUAUUCAUUUAUUGGCUUCUUGUUGCUGUAUUGUUUGACUGGGUGGUCUCAACGGGUACUUUUGACCAGUUAUCAGGUGAGAUUUGAUAGAGUCCUGUUUUGUUCAGUUUAGUUUUAAUUAAUAGAAUUCGCCAAUAAAUAUAACAAAGACGAUUACUGAAACCAUUUCGAGAAUAGAUAGAUAACUUAAGGAAUUUUAUUCAAAACAAAAUGUCUCCUGGCUCAAUUCUCAUUCUUGUGAAUUUGUUGUCGAUUUAAUCUCUUUAGACGUUAAUAGUUUACCGACUAAAAUGAAAAUACAUAUAUAUGAACUGUUUAACUAGUUCUAGCAAAGAGCUGAAGCAGUUCGAUUAUUGUAUGGCAUUUUAACAUUUAGUAAGCCAAGUAUUUUAGAGAAUUAAGGAUUUCAAAACAAGGCACACAGGGAGUCUUAAAGAAUAAAUUGUUAGGUUAUUUUGUAUUACCACAGUCACUUUUGUGAAUAGACGACUCACAUGUAUUUACACGAUAUGUCCCUUUACAGCUUAAAGCACUCGGUUAUCUAUUCAGUUUACGCGUUUUAAAUUUGUAUUUACUUAAGUUUAACAUGAAAUAUGGUUACAGCUCUCAGUAACAACCACCAGCUAAUUGAAGAGUUACGAUGUAAGAGAUAUUCCCUAUCAUUUAUGAGCGCACUGAUUUUAAUUUUAUCAUCACACAGUUCGGACAGAAACGCCAGGGAGAGUUGGAAGGACACGAAGUGAAAUUGACUUGGAAACAGGUUUGUCGCUAACGGAAGGCAGUUUCCCCUUCAAUAACCUUUCAUUACAUGUAAAUGUAGGUUCUCGCACUUAAAUGUUAUUCAAAGCCAGCAAGUCAAUGAUAAGUGAAUUCAGUGAAAAACAGAAAAGAAUUCGAAAGUCAAUUCAAAGCGCUUAAAGUAGAACAUUUUUGAAGAAAGAAUGUUAGCGUAUUGAGAUCCUAAAAACGUGAAGGAAAAGCCUAAAGCUCUACUUGCUAUUUCUUUGACAUUCCACAACCAGCGUUUUACCGGGAGAACGCGGCUGUCACUUACCACGUAAGUACGCUAUUUGACCGCUGCACAUGUAAAUGAGCUCUGGCUGGUACCAUUAACCUUAUUUUGUAAGCUGCCAAUUUGUAUAUUUCCCACUACUUUAAAUUGCAGUAUUAACAGCUGAUUAAAAGGACAACUUUUUUCCUCAGAAAAAUCAGUCAUUGUCUGCGCUGGUCAGAACAAGUCCCUCGAAUGCGUGUCUCCUGGCUCAAGCAUCGCUAUACAGGAAGCCUUUUGGGGUCGCCUUUCAUCCGAAAUUUGCCCCUCCGAAGAUGGAGAUCCGGUCACCAAUUGCCUCAGUGAUCCUUCCACUACCCCUAUUGUGCGAAAGCUGUGCGAUGACAAGGAAUACUGCGAGAUUCCCGCCAGGCAUAGCAUUUUGCAGCCACCAGGAGUGAAACAUUGCCCAGGUGUUAAUAAAUACUUGGCGGUCAAGUAUACGUGCAUUCCAGAGAAACGAAAGUUUGUGUUGUGCAAUGGUGAGACGACCGAGCUUACGUGUGGCCAAGGAUGGAAGAUUCAUGUUCUAUCAGCAUAUUGGGGGCGGGAUUCCCCUUCUACCUGCCCAACCCCCCUCGGGAAGUUUUUUACUUGCGCCAACUCAGCAGACAGUUUGUUAGCUUUGAAGUCUAAGUGCUCUGGGAAGGAGAGUUGUAUCGUCACUGCGGAUGAUCAUCAUUUGACUAAAGGUGGAGAACACUGUCCAGGGAUUGACAAGUACGCUGUCAUUAGCUACAAAUGCCAGCCAAGUGAGGAAGAAGCAAGUAAGUUGCGUUCCAAAAGUCUAGAGAAGUUAAAAAUUAUCGUAUUGAUAUUGUUAAGGUGUCGAUUAAAGUCUCUUGUCGCUUGACACCAAUGAGGAAACCUUAAAGAGGUCCCUUGGCCAAUCUUGAGGCUAGUCGACUCUUUUUGUUUCCCUUUUUGCAGUUUUCGCUUGAGUUCGUUUUUAUUGGUUACUAUUCUAAAGUUAUUGUACUAUGUCUGUCAGCACAAUUCGCCCCUAAAUCGUUUUUUCCGAUAGGAAAAAAACAAACAAGAACCAAUGCUUUUUUGUGUGUUAUUUUGGCAGAUGGGCAGGCAGAGGAUCAAAAUUACCUUCCAGAUUCAGAACAAUAUGACGCAGUGCAUUCUUCAUUGGACCUAACAUCGAGUAGCAAGAGUCCAGCCCCCCAGUCCACAAUGGGUGAAUUGAACUUAAGCAUGUUGCUUCCAGUUCCUCAAGGAAAAGCUUCAGAUAAGCUGAAGCCAAUUAUCGAAUACCUGGGAGGGGAAUCCCAAGUCAGAAAUUCAACGUUGAUUGGGGAAAAUCUACCUAUCCCAAAGGAUUCGCGGCCGACACUGCUGGACACAAAGGAAAAGUCAAAACUGCAAGUUGGCAUUACACCUUUGAACGUGUUUUCUGGAGGCAGUACCUCGAAUUCUAACGCUGAUGUCACACACACACAUGAUGAGUCACCUGGCAUAAGCAAAACAGGUUCCGCCUUGGGUCCAACGGGAUACAGUAAUCACAUCAGCCAGCCUAAUAAUUACGAUAUUGCUACAGCUGUUGCAAAAACACCAGCCGAUAUGUCAUCAAAUAUUUCACCUCUCAGUAAUACUCAGGAUUUAGUUAAAAACUUUCUUGCCAGCAAUUUUGGGCAGGGACUUGCCAAAGGACUUUUAGCCCUCGGAACACUUGGAGAUUCGUCGUACAAAAAUUUAAUGGCCCAACAUUUUGGAUCUUCGGUUAAACCAUCAGUGGAACCAAAUCCUCAGACUCCGCUUAACACAAGAUUGAUUGAAAACAUCCUGCCUGGGUUGUUGCUUCAAUCCUCCAAACAAGAUACAACAGCUACAGGCGGCAAAAGCUUGUCGACGCCCGUUAUCUCUAUAGGUAAUAAGGUUUUUGCUCUGAAUGAUCUUUCAAGUGUUUUAAAUACUGCCAACGGUAAUAAAUCGACAGACAACAGCUUGACUAUGAGUGCAAUAAACGGCAGCAGAAAACACUCGGUGAAGCAAACCAACAAAGAACAAAUCAAUAAGCUAGAUGACAAAAUUGUUACAUUGGAAACUUUAAGUGAUGCUUUAGAUGCUCUAACAGCCAAGUUAUCAUCAGAUGAAAGCUCAAAACAUGCUCGCAACCAAAAUCACUUACCAAUCUCACCAGACGCCAAGUAUCCAAAUCUUCAAGAGGGACCGCAACUUAAAAACCAAUAUAUGCAUUAUCGUCAUCCCCAUCACCGUCAUCAUCAUCAUCACCACAGGAAGAGCCCGCUUGAUGAAGACAUGGAGAUGUUAGGAGCACUCUUAUCCGGAAGUGAUGAUACACAAUCUGGCCCAACUGAAAAACAAGUGUUCAGUAAUGACGAUGAAAUGGACCCCAACAAUAAUUUAGAGAUAAAUGGCCAAAUGAACACAGCAGAACUGGAAAUGGUCCAAAGCAAAAUAAAUAACGCCAUAGAAAUGGCGGAAGCUGUGGGACAACAGAAUGCAAACACAAGAGAGAACGUUGUAAAAAUUGGCACCAAUAGUUCUAACCUACAAAAAUCCCCCUCCAGAGAUAGUGGCUUUCUUAUGUUGAAAAAUAUUCUUACUGGACUGAUUGACGACGCGCUAAAACGAGGUACAAUAAACGAUCUGAUUAAAAAAUGGAAUGCUAGUGGAAGUCCGUUUGCGGAGAUAGCUCAAAAUAUUUCCUCAUUUUUACAAAACAAUGGUGCCUUAAGUAACCCACUUGACAAAAAGGUGAUCGAAGCAGGCUUUCAUACAUUUCCCUUGAAACAUCCGACAGUCAAAAAUAAUCAGUCGAAUUCCAAGCUAGCUGAAGGAAUCACGAGCUUAAAUAAGACAGCUUCAAUUGAUAAUGUUCUCCUUACUAAAGCUGUGAAUAGUAUCAUUGGAAUACUAUCAAAACGUCAGAACUCUCUCGUAGGCAAUUCUACCAACAGAUCAUUGUAUGAGACAAUUGACACACUCACCAACUUUAAAGGAAUUCUGUUAGGUGGACGUAUAAGCAAAAUCACUCCACAACAGGAUGUUAUCACUCAACUGGGGAGAAAGAUUGUGGCGGAAAUUCUGAAAGCGCCCCAUAAUUCCUCUGUACAAGAGAACCUUGAAAUAAAAAGCAAAAACCGAUCUAAAAGCGGUAUCAACAUUGAUCAGCCGCAACGUCCUGACUUCGAAACAAUACGGAAACCGUUCCAUGAUGACGAUGCAAAAGAAAAACUUACGUUCUCCAAUUACAACACGAAAAAUAUGUCCAAGUCUAUACAGAAUACGACCUUAAUGGAUUUUAUGAACAGCAUGUCAAGAAACGACAACCUACAUCCUGUUACAAGUCAUAAUAAACCAGGAGAUAAAUACUCCAAAGUGAAGGCGAGUGACUUGAUGUCCGCGGUCAUAGCAAGUCUCUUAAAUGUGAAGGACACCCAUGAAGACAACUCAGCAAGGAAAAAGCCAAAAAUUCACCACGAUGAAACUGAAAAUGAGCGUUUGGCACAUGUUGUGCCGACUGACCACACCUUGGGUGACCUUUCUGAAACAGAUGCAAUUUUGGAGGCGCCUAACGACCAUGCAGGCGAAAGAAAAAAGGUUAAAAAACUUUUAGAUAAAAAUCUCAAUCCUGCUGUGCCUAUCCUUACUUUGCCAGAAAACAGGGCAACCAACUCCACGAAGUCAAAAGACAUUGAUAAACUUGACUCAGGUGACCAAAUGGUAACAUUUACGUUAGAGACCGUAGAUGCUACACCAGUUCCUUCAGUUAAAAGCAAAGAGCAGCCCCUGGCUAAAGAAAAAAUUGGUUUGCAAAGCAGUAAGGUUCCUCAUUACCUCAAUAUUCAGUCGGCGACAACACUGGGAAAGAUCAAUUCCACAUCAUCUAAAGAUACUGAACAUUCAUUUAAGCAACACCAAAUACUGCAAGUGCCUGGGGUACUCUCUGAUCCAACCGCAGGGACAAGUCAGGUCGAAGCUUAUUCAAAGUCGUCAGAUGGCGAUGUGUUGCCAACGACGCUUUCGCCGUCUUCACAAAAUAGUGCAGGUUCCCAAACGAAAUCAAUGACGGACCUUCCCUUGGGCCUUCAGAUGAAUGCGAUAGGGAGAAUAGCGACAGAUGAGGAUGAAGAUCUUCCCACUGUGAAACCUGUCGAUCUCGCUGCUGCUCUAACCUCAACAUCAUCUCUCAGUUCUGAUAGCCUAGGUUCAAAAAGUGCGGAAACAAAGUCGUUUCAGGAUAAACCUUUGCCGAUUGUUUCGGAUUUAUUUUCAACAACCGAUAGUGAAACUUUAGGGGAAACGGAGGCCAUUGUCUCAAAAACUGCACAAACUGCUGCAGACAGGCAGAUUAAGCCGGCCUCUCCGGAAAUAGAGCUUCCAAGUGCUUCUGAAAUCAGGGAAAUAUCUACUUCUAUGAAAGCUUUGUUGAAAACUCUUCGCGGCUACGCUAACAAGUUGAAGCUAGAGGACGAAGCGGAUGAUUCAUCGCGUGGUCAGCUUCCUGUCCGAAGUAAAACAGCAGAUAACGUGAAUGUCAACGACAAAAAUGUGAAGGAACCUGCUACUGGGAUCAAUUCUUCUCAUUUGAAGAGUACACGUUAUGAAAGCCCCCAGACCAGUCUGAGUUCAUCAAAACACAACAAUCCGUACGCUAACUUUCUUCAGGCAUCACCAAUUCAAACCAGCUAUGUGGAUAGCGGUGGGUUUGAAAAUAUUCAAGAGCAGCCGAGUGCUGAGGUAAACAGUUACAACUGGAACUUUGCACCAGAGCAGGUACACGCACAAAGGCUGUUGGAUUCAAACCCCACGAAAAGUAGUCUACAACCUCAAGUGGGCGCAGAACAGUGGAACCCAGGACGCGAGGCUGCUUCGGUAGCUGAAGACCUCAAAGAUCUGAAUUUGCCUUCGAUCGAGGAUGACCCAGCGGUGCAGGCAGUACAACAUAUGGAAGCUGAAGAUAACAUGUUGGCAAGUCAAAAACGUAAAGCCAUUCAAAGACACGAGCAACAAAAUUCAACGGCUAAGGCUAAACCUUCAAUCAAAACGUUUGGAGUUUUUGGAAGGAAUACCAUACCGAAACAUAAAGGCAAGAUUCGUCUGCGAAAUGAAGCUCGCGUGAAGCCGCAUAAAAUAAAAGCUGCUGUUUCUAAAAAAGGCAACGUGAAAAUGAAACCGAGAGGAAAAAUAAAUGAGAAAAAUGGGACCUCACGUGAAGCUAACAGCAUGAACGUUUCCUAUGUGGGUACUCAUAACAUCAAAAUCACCAUAAAGGAAAACGGUACCAGCGGAAACAAAUCUCAUGGGCUAAGCAUGGGUGGAAACAAAAGUAGAAUGAACAAACGUGUUAUUAGUAGAGAUGACAUUCCUGGCAGUGGGGGAAAUCAAAGACUAUCACACGAUUCUGCGGCUCCGCACACUCAUAAUAACAAGAUAAAAAAGCUUAAACUCUCAUUUAAGAAAACCCUUUAUCAUACGCAGCCUAAUUCAACUUUGAGGGAAGUGGAGAAGAGACAGAGUCAACCCAAUUCAAAACGUAAUCCGUAGCCUACGAUCAUCCCCUUUCUUUAGGUCCCUUUAUAUCUAUGUCUGUCAUGAAAAGGAGGGCUUUUUGGUUUUUUCCUCUCUUCUCAAAGAGGAAAGAAAAGCUUGAUCACAGGUUACAUUAAAGGCAAGAAAGUAACUUCCACCCAUUGGCCCACUGGCGGACCUAUUUAAGUCCAUAAUUUUAGGAAAAUAAGGUAUAUUUCUUGAAAACAACGCCUGAAAAUUGUUAGAAUGUAUCGUACCCUUUCAAAUGUUAACACACAGCAACGGUUAUUUGAGUACAUUUUAACAGACUUGACAUUAAAGACUUAAAAAAUACCGAUGCUAAGCUGCAUACCAGAAACCAUCAAACUGUGUCGGUAAUAAUUGAGUAUUCUAGGAGAAAUUGUCCCGCUUACUUAUUUCAGUCAGUGUCAACAUAUAUGUUUCUUCGUGAUGGCCCAAACUGAACAGUUUAGUUGGGCCUUUUAAUCUCGCGUUUUAGUUAAAGGAAUAUUUAGAGGUUUUGGUAAGCGAAAGUGCAGUUGUCGUAAAUGAUUUAUUACGAAAAUUAAGACUCCACUAUGCUAAACCAACCAUGAACGUUUCUGAUAAAUAUUCUAUAAACUGCGAACGGCCGGGGGAAGACCGAGUAAAGGAAGAGUUCAUUUCACCAAGGUGUGAGCUGAUGUGAGAAAAUUUGUAAGGGAGCUGCAAAUAAAGCAUACUAUUUCUGAUGCUUGGUAAUAUUUAUCGGCUACAACAAAGCCUGGCUGUAGUUCUCCAAGGAACACUUGGUGGAGGGGGUCGUGGGGAGGGAGGUUGUCCGGCCCGCUUCUUCAAAUCAUGAGCCCCUUUCAGACCAAAACUUGCCAUGUUUUAUACCCUUUUUCAGAUCUGGCCUUUGAAAGAUGUAGCCGGAGUGCGAACCCAUUGCCUUGUCUGAAUGAAAGUGAAGUCAACAUAUCAUUAUAUUUUAAGCGGUUAUACUAGAAGAUGUAUGUGUCCAUAUUAUUUGUUUCUAACUGUGUUGGUCCUGGAUACUAGUGAGAGGGUAGGAAGAGGGGCAUGAUGGGAACGAGCGCAAAGCACGAGUUGGGGUUACCAACUGGGGUAGCCAUAGUAUAGGAAGGAAAACAGAGUUCCCCUUGCCUCCGCCUUUUUGCAUUAUCAACUAAAGUAUCCGUAAAAUCAGCGAUCGCGAGCGACUAGAAACGUAGACUGCGAGCAGUCUCUCUUUUUCUUCCGGUUUAGUGAGGGGAGUGCACGCACGCGCGAGCGGCGAAGCCGCGAGACGCGCGAAACGAGGGUGGCAGCCCGAGAAGCCUCUCCCAUCUCGCGCAAUCAGUCUCGCGCGUGGCCAUUUGCGUGUCUCGCGUUUUGCUCGACGGACUACAGAAAAAAGAGAGACUGCUCUUCAGCUGCUCCUAGUCUACUAGAAACGAGGCAACUGUGGUCUCCUUAGCCCGUGAGGGUCACGUAUGGAAAUAGUUAGUGUAGGACAGUCUUAUUUGAAAAUGAGUCUAUAGUGGGUGGGUCGCGAUGUGGUUAUACAAAAUUAACCAUUAAUCACGAAAACGAUAAUGAACUUAAGCAGAAAAAUUGAAGCUACAAUUUUUCGUUUUGAAGGUGUUAACACACUUAUUAAUUUAGACUUCGGCCAUCAACUGUCUUGCUAAAUGGCUAUUGCAGCUAUAUUUCCAUACUGAGCCAAGGCAAUGGAAAUUCAUUCAUAUCCAACUUAAUGGGAAACACUGAUUACAACUAUGUAUAAAGGUCAUUUUUGCUAACCGUAACGGAAAGAAGGCCACUGUAAAGCUACCCUAUUACGAUCCCGUAUCCAAGACAAUACGUACUGUCAGGAGUACAAGGGUGCCAAUGGAGGCCGAUAAAGGGUACCUGUCUAGAGUAAAAAAUUGGUUGCUUGUGGGCAACACUUUCUACCCAUAUUUGAGUAGGUUGUAUUUAUUCCCUGGAAAAAAGCGUGAGUUAUCAUCCGAGAUAUAACCAGUUUUAUACAUUUAUUUCAGAAGCUAACAUGGGUAAAUUAGCUCAUUCAGGGUAGGUUUCGGCUCACUCCAACCCUUGGAAUUAAAAACAGGCUUUACCUCAGACAAGUCCCAAACAGGUUAUAAGACUGAGAUGUCUGAGCCUCCAUAGAAGGGUAUCGAUUAGAGCUUGAAUAAGAGCAAAAUACCAACCAAUAAAUCACUCUGCGCUCUGCAGAACAUAAUUAUUUUUAGAACACAGCUGUGUUUGGUUCUUGAGAGACUCAUUAGUGAUACAUGCCAAACUCGACCAGCUGUGUUUACCAUGGAACUAUUUGACGCUGAAUUAACAGUAAAUAUCCUAAUUCUUGAAUUUUUAACCUGAGAACUGAGAUCCGGUACAGCGCCAAGCGAACUUCUGUGAAUUUUCGCACGGAUUUAGGAAGUUUUAGACGCGGCUGCACCUCAGCACGGGUUGUAGUGGCGGCGUGAUUUGUCCCCGUCACGUGUCAAUGAAAGAAAACAAUACGAGUAUGAAAAACAUGGCGGCGGCGAAUUGCAUUUUGGCUGUAAUAAUUUUCGUUUUUAUCGCAGGGAUACAGUCUAAGAGGCAUUGUGAUGUUCGACUGUCGUCUUUAGUAUCUAAAGGCUAUACAAGUAACCGCAAGCUCGCCUGUUUGCUUCGUUCGUUCGUGUAUCGACACAAAGACAUUGCUAGGCUUCAUGUCAUUGGACGAUCAGCGUUGAAUCGAAAAUUAUAUGCCUUACAGAUCACUGAUCAACCUCUCGUCAAAGAACCUGGAGAACCUAUGUUCAAAUACGUUGCAAAUAUGCACGGAAAUGAGGCCGUUGGAAGGCAAGUCUUAAUCUAUUUUAUCGCUUAUUUACUCGAGAAUUACGGCCGAGACGAGCGUGUCACUAAACUUGUUAACACGACUAAUAUCUUCAUCAUGCCUUCAAUGAACCCCGAUGGGUUUCAACGUUCAAGAGAAGGUGAUUGCAUGGGAAUAAAAGGUCGGCAUAACUAUAAUAAUGUCGAUCUCAAUCGCAAUUUUCCUGAUCAGUUUAAUAAAUGGAAAAACUACGAUAUGGCUUCAGCGCAACCGGAAACUAAAGCAAUGCUUACGUGGAUUUAUAACAAUCCUUUCGUCCUGUCGGCAAAUUUACACGGAGGGGCCCUGGUGGCAAGUUAUCCUUUUGACAGCAAUAAGGGACAUCGAAGAAGUGGAUUUUAUAGUAGAUCUCCAGAUGAUGAAAUUUUUAGACAUUUAGCAAAGACAUAUGCUACCAAUCACAGGACAAUGAGUACCAGUAAGGAGUGUGACCAGGGUUUUGAAGGAGGCAUAACCAAUGGGGCAUUCUGGUAUGAUGUUGCUGGUGGUAUGCAGGAUGUUAAUUACCUUAUAAGCAACUGCUUUGAAAUUACCCUUGAACUUUCAUGCUGCAAGUACCCGCAUCACUCUUAUUUGCAGAGCGAGUGGACAAAUAACAAGCAAGCCUUAAUUGCAUAUUUAGAGCAAGUGCAUAAAGGUAUUAAGGGAUUUGUAAGAAACACACAUGGAAUGGGUAUAAGGGAUGCAGUAAUUAAUAUUCAUGGAAUUGAUCAUAAUGUAACAACUGCAUUACAUGGUGACUUCUGGAGAAUUUUGUUGCCUGGAACUUACACAGUCAGUGCUUUUGCUUCAGGGUAUCAAAGUAAAACUCUAAGUAAUGUAAUUGUAACCUCUGGGGAUGCAACAAAUUUAGAGUUUGUGCUGAGGGGAGAUAGCAAUCAAAGGAGCAGGGAUUUUUAUGGGAACGUUUAUACAAGAGAUAUUCCAUGGCUUUCAAGCCUGAAACGCUUAACCAAGCGAGACUUAAGCUCUAACCUUCAAGUAAUUGAGCCACUUGAAAGUGUUCAAGUCCCUUUUACAAGCAUUCCAACUACAUCCAAUGCCUUUUCAAAAAUUGUCGAAGGCUGGGAGAAACCAAGAAUCUUUAGACAUCAUAAUUAUAAUGACAUGACAAUAUUUCUUCAGACUAUGGCAAAGUUGUACCCAAACAUCACCAGACUAUACUCUGUGGGAAAGUCAGUUCAGGACAGAGAACUGUGGGUAAUAGAAAUAACUGACAAUCCAGGAAUUCAUGAGCCAGGUGAACCUGAGUUUAAAUAUGUAGGCAACAUGCAUGGCGAUGAGGUUAUAGGAAGAGAAACUCUUUUGCUUCUAAUUCAAUCCCUUUGUGAGAAUUAUCAGAAAGUUCCUGCAAUUACAGCACUUAUUGAUUACACUCGUAUUCAUAUUAUGCCGUCAAUGAACCCUGAUGGAUAUGAAAGGGCUACUGAAGGGCAAUCCUCGGGCCCUGGUCGUGAGAAUGCCAGAAAUGUUGAUUUGAAUAGAAAUUUCCCAGAUCAGUAUUUCCCAAAUCUGAACCCCAAUCAUCAGCCCGAGACUUUGGCUGUUAUGAAAUGGAUCCAAGAUUUUCCAUUUGUGUUGUCGGCUAACCUUCAUGGGGGAUCGAUUGUUGCAAACUACCCAUUUGAUGACACUCCUUCUGGGAGGGAAGCAUACAGUCGCAGCCCGGAUGAUGGUGUCUUCCGUCAGUUAGCACUCACCUAUUCCAAAGCACAUCCAACUAUGGGAGGAGGCCGCCCUUGUUCUGCUUAUCCUGAUGAAUAUUUCAAAGAUGGUAUCACUAACGGUGCUGAUUGGUAUGUUGUUAAAGGCGGCAUGCAAGAUUAUAAUUAUCUUCAUUCUAACUGCUUUGAACUUACCAUAGAAAUGAGUUGUAUUAAAUUUCCUGUUCAGUCCACACUUAAGUCAUACUGGGAUGCCCACAAAGUUUCUCUUCUAACAUUCAUGUCUCAAGUUCAUACUGGCAUCAAGGGAUUCAUAAGAAAUCAAGCUGGAGAUGGAUUAAGUCAGGCAACCAUUGCUGUUUCAGGAAUCAACCAUGAGAUUGUUUCAGCAAGAGAUGGAGAUUAUUGGAGACUUGUUGUUCCUGGAAAAUAUUCUAUCACUGUUUCCUCUCCUGGAUAUGUUCCUGUCACUCAAAGUGUGGAGGUAUCUUCUGGUCUUGCUACAGAGUUAAAUUUUGUACUCAAACAAUUUGAGCAGCCACAACCAUCCACUGUUCAAGCACCACUUAUAUCAACAACAAGCCAAAGUGUGUUUCCAGUUGACAAACCAUCUGAGGGAGUUGGCCAGAAGAACUCCCAGUCUCCAGUGUCUUAUCCCUCUGUAUCUACCUCUGCAGAAGUAAAACCAACUACUAUAUUUAAUGUUUCACCUCAAGUUUCAACAGAAGGUAAGUUGAGCUGUAUUCUGAUGCUUAUUGAAAUCCUGUUGUUACUCAGGAUGGUUUCUAGAACCACCUGGUAAUACUGUGAACAACUGACUCCAUAAGUGGCUUUCUUAAACUCCGAAAUUCUCUUUUGAGUUUGUCUUGUAUAUCCUUGUGAAACAAAGGGAGAAUUGAAUGUUAAAUAUUAGGUUCUCUUAAGGCUUAACAGAUGCAACCUUUUCUAGGGCAUCAUUUUACUGGAACUAUUAAAAUCCUUCCCUUUUUAAUUGUUUAAUUCUGUAACUUAGAGCUGUACAUUGUGUUAAUGAAACUCACUGGGAUGAUUAAACUGAAAACAAGAAGGGAAAGAGGAAUGAAUCUGGGUAGUUGUAGCAAAAUGAUGUCUUAAUUUAUGGCCUAUUGUGAAAGAAAAAGCAAAUUUUUCCGUACACUAUUUCAGUGAUUUUGUUACAAAUAGUUAUGGUAAGUCAUGGGACUCAUCUUGUGAAAAAUCAUGAGUCCCAGUCCAGAACCAUUGAGUCCCUAUUCAAAAACAUGAGUCCCUGGGGCUUUAUGUAACCACACAGGUAAUUUAACCCUUUCACUGCCAGAGUGUUUGAGGGGGUUUUGUAAGGUGACUCUAACUUUUUAGUCUAUGGACGAAAUCCUAUGAUGUGACCAUUCAAAUGAAAUCUCUCUGCCUGUACUUUCACAUUAUACCACUUGUUUCUCAAAAUAUUUGAAAAUGAAAUUUGGAACUUUGGUCGAAAUUUGCUUUUGGCCACAUUUGGCAGUGAAAGGGUUAAAGGCAGACUCCACAACUCUCUAUUACAGUUUACUGAAAUGAAAAUUUACUCCUUCUAUCGUCAACCACAACAAAGACUAAAAGAUAUAUGCAUUGAUCAUUAGACAACAGCCACAGAAAUCACAUAAACAGGAUAUUCUUUAAAAACAUCUUCUUGAUCUUUGCGUCCUACGAGAUGCAUUCCAUGAAUUAUUUUGCGUUCUUUGGGAUUUUUAUGCAUCAGGGACACAGGACGCAGAGAUAACAAAAUCACUGCCAUUUUGGCCAGGAAUGUUCAUAUAUAUUUAUGUGAGCUCACUGUAACUUUACUCUGUACUUUGCACAGCAUAUAAAUUCACUAGUUGUUUGUACGUUUUUUUAUAGUAGAUGCCAAGUUGGAAUUCUAUCAUCAUAGUCACCAGCAAAUGACUGAAUUCUUGCAAGAGCAGGCCAAAAGGUGCUCAAGUAUCAUGAAGUUGACGACAAUUGGGACCAGUAAAGGAGGGAAGCCACUUUAUGGUUUGAAAGUAACAGAAAAUCCAGAGUUAAGAAAGACAAAACCUCAGGUUGGACUCGUUGGCAGCUUAGAAGGCACAGAUAUAACUGGCAAGGAGUUACUUCUUAAGUUGAUAGAAUACUUGUGUAGUCAUUAUGAACAGAAAGAUGAUCGGAUUAAAACACUCCUUCAAUCAACAGUGCUUCAUAUUGUGCCAGCUGUUGAUGUGGAUGGGAAUGAAAAGGCAACUGAAGGAGAUUGUGAAGGCCACUUAAAACCAAUGGAUGAUUUAUCCAGGAGCUUCUACUUCAAUUUGACGAGCAGUGAUAAAAGCCUGUUACCAAAGAAUAUCAAAGAAGUAAGCAGUGAUAUGAUCACUUUUACUUAAUAAGCUAAAAGUUUCCAUAGCCUGAAAGCCUUAGAUGUUAGGCUUCUUAGUUACAUUGUUCUUUUUAACUCGGGAGAGCAUUGUCCAAAUGAUUAAUGUGGACUAGAAAGCCACAAACAUUUCUCAUUGAAUGUGCCAGUAACUAUAUAAGAAGAUUCCUAGGGGGUGUCAGAUUAUGUGGAAUUGUAUAAAAUUUAUGCUAACAGUAUUACAAAGAUUUUCUGGGCAACAAUACUGUGUCAUGAUCACAUCUAGCUUGGUGUCCCAACUUCUGUAAGCUUUAGGCCAUGAUUGUAUCCUAGAAAUUUUCCUUAAAGGCAAUACCUUCCAUAUAUGCAGGGAACCAACAAAGGUCAUGACCAAAAUAUGGUAAAUACAUUGUUCUUUCACAUUUCUCUCUAUACUGAGCAGUACUGUCAAUAAGCAUUAUCAGCCAACAGAUGAUCGGCCACAUCACUCAGAUAAAUCAGCUACAUCCAGUGGUGGGUCCAGACCAAAAUGAGGCCCGAAGGGCCAAAAAAAAAUUUUUUUGAGGCCAGGCCCCCCCUAUCUCAGGGUCUGGAUGACUGCCCCCCCUUAUCUGAAGGUCUGGGUCUGCCACUGACCAGUGGUGGAUCCAGGGAGGGGCAUCCCAAAGGGCCGAAAAAAUUUUUUUUGAGGCCAGGCCCCCCCUAUCUCAGGGUCUGGAUGACUGCCCCCCCUUAUCUGAAGGUCUGGAUCUGCCACUGACCAGUGGUGGAUCCAGGGGAGGGGCACGGGGGCCUGGGCCCCCCUCAUUUUUAGACCAAAAUGAGGCCCAAAGGGCCGAAAAAAUUUUUUUUGAGGCCGGGCCCCCCCUUAUCUCAUGGUCUGGAUGACUAGGGCCCCCCCUUAUCUGAAGGUAUGGAUCGCCACUGACAUCCCCCUAAAUUGGGGGAAUGAAAGAGUCUUUUAAACCUUUUUGAUAUAAUGCUGCCUUCUUCAGAUGCCAUUGGAACCCUUGACAGUGCAUAGGGAUAGCAUAUAAGUCAUCAUUGCUAUGUAAUCUCUCAUAUUCUAAAUUAAAAGACACACCAUGGGUCUAGUUUAAAAAUGUGAAUGUUUCAGUUGCUAAUGAAUGAUUCAGUCAUUGUAAUAUUAAUCGAUAAACUUUCUUUUUUCUAAGUUUCUUGACACAGCUGCUGAUGAGCCUCAAGAGGUCAAGCAUAUGAAAACUUGGAUGAAAAGCAACAACUUCACCCUCUUGGCUGAUUUCAGUGGAGGUGAAUUGGUGGCAAGGUAUGGAUGAUGAUUUGCUGCUUUUUAAAUGUUUUUCACUUUCAUUAACUCAUUCGUGCAGACCCGUGUAGUUCCAUGUCCCUUCUACUGCUUGUGACAUCAUCAGUUUUAAUAGUCAAGGGCAACUUUGUCUGCUAACUUGUGCAGAGUGAAGAGAUCCUUCAAACCAUACAAGAACACCGGAGAAAAAGGCAACAAACCAUGUAACAUUGACCUGAAAAUUUCCAUGAAAAUCUUGUUCCACUCCCCACCUACCUUUCCUUUCAUCUAAUCCUAAGAUCCUAAGGGCUUUCUUAAAAGUGUUUCCCACCAAAAUGAAGCGCACUAAAUGCCCAGCAAAAGAAAAAAAUCAGGCAGGAAAAGCGAAAAAAGAGGGGAGGAGAGAAACCGUAAAGUAAAAGUGAAGACUGCUGUGUCAUUUUAAAACCAGUCCUUUUUUCCGUAGGUAUCCUAUGAGUGUCCAUUUGAGUGACCGUGAUGAUGUCAAAGGCUCUCUAACAUCACACAACUCUUUGUUUAAAGAGCUUGCCUUAACCUAUUCCACCAAACAUCCCACAAUGCACCUUGGUCAAGGUUGUAAUGAAUCUGCCUCUGGGUUUGCUGAUGGGGUUAUCAAUGGUGCACAGUGGAAAGAACUUCAUUACACCAUGCAAGAUUAUGCAUACCUCAUGCUCAACAUCCCACAACUCUCGUUCUUUAUUUCUUGUUGUAAGUACCCACCAGCUGAACAGCUAAAGAACAUUUGGGAGGCAAACCGUGAGCCACUUCUGGCAUUCUUGGCCAAGUCACACCAAGCCGUUGAUGGUGUUGUUCAUACCUUAGACCACAGACCUGUGAAUACCUCAACAGUUUCUGUUAAAGGUCCUGGCAUUUCCUUUGUUCUCAAGCAAUCUGAUUCGUACUUCCACCAACUCUUGCCUCAAGGAAAGUACAAAAUCACAGCAACUGCUCCAGGCUAUGCAAGCAUAACUAAAGAGGUUACAAUACAUGAGAAUUCUAGAGCCUCUGUCAUGUAUAAUUUGCAUGAAAAACCACAAUUUUCUUUUCACAAUUAUGACGCAAUGGAGCGCUUCCUCAGAGACAUAGUGACUAAGUGUCCCAACAUUACCAGGCUGUACAGCAUCGGUCAAACUGUUCAGUAUCGUAACAUUUGGGUUAUGGAGAUUUCUGAUAAUCCAGGACUGCACGAACAAGGUGAACCAGAGUUCAGGUAUGUGGGCGGGGUUCACGGCAAUGAGGCAGUGGGGAAGGAAAUGCUGCUGCUUAUGAUUCAACAUCUGUGUUUGAGUUAUGGUAAAGAUGACUUGGUUACACGCCUUGUGAACAGUACUCGCAUCCAUAUUCUCCCUUCUCUCAACUCAGAUGGAUCUGAGGUGGCCAUUAAAGGAAACUGUUUCACUGACAAAGGAAGGAAUAAUGCUAGGGACGUGGAUUUGUACACAAAUUUUCCAGGUAUGUUUAGGCCCAUUUGUUGUUAUUUUGUUGUUCAAAUUUCAUUGUUCAUUGGUUUUAUAGGUAUACAUUACCACACACAAAAGCAAAGGAAAUCUGAUAUGAAACCACAACAUGCACAGGCUCCGGUUGUUAAAACGUUAGAUAGCGCUAUCCAUAGGGAUAUCAAAUGCGCUAUCCAUUGGAUAGAGAUUUAUCCAUUGGGUAACGUAUCCGCCUUGUGAGCUUUGAACAACUGGGGGCAGCUCAUGAAAUUUAGCGCAGGACCUUUUUUGUUGCCAUUAGAAACGCCCCAUGUGAUGUACACCUGCAUUCAUUCUCAGGGGCAAUUGAAAGGUGGACCAUAGUUACCAAGUAUGGGUGGACAGGGGACUCCUGCUGUAUCUAUGACACUUUUGGAGAGGUGGCUCCAAAACAAAUGGAAUUUGUUUACCCAUGAAACACUUAGGAGUUCAUAAGAACUGGUUUUUUAAAACGUGUCCGUGCAUUCGUGAUCGAAUUGGAAUUUGAAAGUGUUGGUUUUUGUGUAGCCUGUUCACAGAGCCGCUAUUUUCUCUUUAGAGCGCGCGUAUGAAAAUAAAAACCGAGGGGGGGUUUAUUGACUUCUAGCGCAAGGGGGUGGGUUUUCGAAAAGAAAAGAAAACAAGGUCUGUGUACAGGCUAGUUUUUGAGGAGAGGGAAAAACUAGAGUCCCCGGAGAAAACCUCUCGGAGUAAAGGAGAGAACCAAGAACAAACUCAGUCCACGUGUAGCGUCCAAUAUGUGUGUUGUCACCAAACUUGAAGCAAAAAAAUCCUUACCAUCCCUGUACUUCAGACUAAAUUAAUCAUUUUCUUCCUUAACUAUAAUGCACAUACUCAGUAAAAGUUAAUCUUCUAUCUUAUAGACGUUAACGACCCUUCAAGUAAGACACUUGAAGCCGAAACAGCUGCAGUCAUGAAGUGGAUCAAACAACAUCCAUUUGUGUUAUCAGCCAGUUUGCAUGGAGGCUCACUGGUCGCUCACUACCCCUAUGAUUCACACUCUCAAGGCCGCCCAAUUCCUAACCCCACCCCUGACGAAGAUGUCUUCCGUUAUCUAGCAUCUUCAUAUGCCAACUUGCAUCCAUCAAUGCAUUAUGGGAAACCACUAUGCCCAGGCCUUUCUGUGCGGGAGGAGUUUCCCAAAGGGAUCACAAAUGGUGCAGCUUGGCAAAGUAACGUCGGUGGUAUGAAGGAUUAUAUGUACGACAAUACCAACUGUCUUGAGAUCGGCGUACACAUGGGAUGUUGCAAAUUCCCAUAUGCCCAGGAUUUGGAGCGGCUGUGGAGUGAGCAUAAAAAAGCCCUCUUCUUUUUCAUGUUUCAGGUAAAGUCCUUUAUGUUACUGAUAAAGACAGAAAGGCCUUCGUUCUUGUCCUUGGUAUUCAAUUGCCUAGACUAGUGACGAUGAAUAAUUUAUAGAUAAAAAACAGUACUAGUAGCUAUUGAAAACAGCGUCAACGGCACUGAGGUGACAUUCCACUCCUAAAAAGUGUGAAAGUGUAGCGGGGCGAAUGCUGACGGUGAAGGAUUAGGAAAUAGGGAUUUUUAAGUGUUUAAGUCAUACCAUUUCUAAACACUCUUUUUAUUGUAGAUACAUCAUGGUGUAAAAGGUGUCGUGUAUGAUGAUACAGGAUCUCCUAUACCCAACGCAGUAAUAGCGGUUAAAAAUCGCGACCAUGACGUCACGACGGCUAAAGACGGGGAUUUUUGGCGGCUUCUAACUCCCGGAAGCUAUGACGUUACUGCCUCAGCACCAGGCUAUAAGGCGGUCACAUUAAACCUUUACGUUCAUCCAAACGAGCCUGCGACACAAGUCCAGUUUCAAUUGCACAAGCAAAGCCUUGUGUUAGGAUUGCCAGUUGCCGUGAUGGUGGGACUCAGUUUCAUGAUAGCUAUAGUGCUGGCUAUUGUUGUAGUUGGAUUGUGGCGAUUGAGUCGUUACAGAAAACAUAUGAAUGUCAGACGAAAUGGAUAUGUAAUGGACUACGACCACGAGCGUUCGUUGAACUCCUUUAACUCCAAGGCGUUGCUUAGCAACGAAUACUCCGAUGAUACGGAUGAUGAGGAGGAAGAUAUAAUACUGGAAAAUGUAAAGCGAUGAUUGUGUUCGAAAUCUAUCAGAGGGGUAUUUAGUUUUUAUAUUCGAAAUAUAUUCCUAAUAUGCUGUUGAACAGUAUUCUACUCUACCUGA